GCCUUCGGUAAAAUUUUACGCCUAGCGGCUUGAAAGACACUAGCAAGCCGCGCGCUGCGCAAAGCCGUGCCGGGGGCAGGCCCACUCCGCUUGCAUUCGUCGUUUCGUUCAUUUUUUACAAGUCCGGACCAGGGCUCGCGCAAUCCCAAUCGCUGCGGCACCGCGCGUACGUCUGUCGAGAGCACUUGAAAGUUUAAGCCACCUGUGAGACCGCAGCUUCAUGGCGCUUUCCCGAAUCACAGAUGAUGUGCUAUUUGUAAUCAUUGAUGCGCUGAAAAUAGAAGACAUCAUACUGCUUGGCGCGACCGGGCGACGGCUGCGCACCGUCACGACCAACGAAAGACGCGUCUGGGCGCCGCGACUCUUAACCACAGAGCUGGGGCUCGGGACGGUCGGACUCGACGCCGCAGCGUGUGCAAGGCUCCUGAGCCUCAGCUGUAGUCCGCGGCGCCUGUGCCUGCAGAGCCUGCCGUGGCGCGUGGUCCGUGACGACAGAGAUUCAAACAGGGUUGACAAGGUAUACUCGUGGCGACCGCGCGACGGUGUCCCAGCGAGCCUGUUGCUCAGACCAGCAUAUGACCUCGACCUCAUCAUUUGUGAGCUUUAUGAAAGCACUAGUCGACCUGGCACUGUCCGCAAUUUGGCCUACAAGGUCGUGCGACUGAUGGACUGCGAACUUGCCGGCUUCCCACACGAAAUGACCAUCCCGCUCGACAUCCCGAUUCCGGGCGGGCACAAAAACGAAGGGCCGUACCUCGAACUUCGCUUGUUCGCGCUGGUCAAUGGGGUCUUGGCGCCCAUUGCUGACACUGGUGCAUUGGAAGGGGCGGUAGACGACCGGUGUGCCGCAUGGAAUUCACCGUUUCAACCCGCCCAAGAAUACGGCGAGACAUGGAUCGAUACCUACUUUUCUUUUGACAUGGACAUCGACGACCAAGAUAACGUUCGAAACUUUGAAUGCGUGAAGAUCUGUUUCAGUGAAAAUGAACAAUCAGCGCCGCCUCAGUAUUUGGAGCGCCCCGUCCCUGUCCCAAAGGGUACUCUCCGCCCGGGCUUCGAUGGCUUUCAUCGGUUCUUCCGGAACCAUUCCUUUCGCGCUCAGCCCGCUGCUUUGUUCGCCACCGAUUCUACGCCUGCGGCACCGUUUAGCCCGGACGGGAAGUGGCCGAAGAGGGGACUUGGAGGAAUCGAUCCCAACCUGGACGAGGUUCCUGCCGAGAGAGAAAACCGCUGGGUCGUCCAUGGGGACCGGCCGCAGGAAUGGCUGCCGCGGGACGUUUCGUAAGAAUACUACUAG